UUGCCCGCCUGUAGUUGGGAUGGAGAUGAACGGGGAGAGGCUUACGGCUACAUCUGGGAGCAGAUCAGCUUUCCCUAGCACUCGGAAGAGUCCAGAGCCUUUUGAUACACCGGCAAAGAGAAAUAAUUUCAGUAAUCAUCGGAAGGCGAUUCAUGAUCCAAAGUCUGCUGAAAGUAUAACCUUUAGGUUAAGUAUACCUGCUAAAAGUGCUCCUACAAGCAGCUUCUCAAGUCCUGUGCGUAGUCCACAACGAUUGAGUAAUGUAGAUGUAUUCCCUUCAACCAGCGGUUCUUUGCAAGGGCUUCAGGCUUUUUCUGCUCCUGAGGUCCCUUCUAUGGAUAUAAUGACAGGAAUGUCUCCCCAAACUUCACCUGAGAAACAUCAUGGCAGUCCUGAUAUAUCACCAUUGUAUAGUCCAACAAUCAAAAGUCCAAUUCCGAAGUCAAAAAAUCCAAGUGCAUCUCAAUCUCCUCUUCAUCCUAAGAUGUAUUUGGAGAAUUCUAAUGCAUGGAAUGACAAUAAUAUGAAUUUGAAUGUCCACCCACUGCCUCUACCUCCUGGACCUGCUGUCUUGCCACAGUCUACCUUUACUCAUCAAAAUCCAAUUCAAAAUGAAGGUGCUGCAAUGACAAACCAAUGGCAGAAGCAAAGACUGAUUGGCAGUGGUACUUUUGGGAAUGUUUAUAGGGCCACCAACAGGCAUACUGGUGCUCUAUGUGCAAUGAAAGAAGUAAAUAUAAUCCCUGACGACCCUAAAUCUGCUGAAUGUUUGAAACAACUGGAACAGGAAAUCAAAGUUCUUAGUAAAUUGAAACAUCCAAACAUUGUGCAAUAUUAUGGAAGUGAAUUGACUGAGGAUCAAUUUUUCAUAUACCUGGAGUAUGUUUACCCUGGUUCAAUUAACAAGUAUGUUCAAGAGCACUGUGGAGCUAUGACAGAAUCUGUUGUUCGCAAUUUCACUCGUCAUAUUCUCACUGGGUUGGCAUUCUUGCAUAGUACAAAUAACAUCCACAGAGAUAUCAAAGGGGCGAAUUUACUUGUUGAUGUUAAUGGUGUGGUAAAACUUGCUGAUUUUGGGAUGGCGAAACAUUUAAGUGGGGCUGCACCGGCACUUUCCUUGAAGGGAACUCCAUAUUGGAUGGCUCCAGAGGUUGUACAAGCUACAAUGAACAAGGAUAUCGGUUAUGAUUUUGCCGUUGAUAUUUGGAGCCUGGGUUGUACAAUUAUUGAGAUGUUUACUGGGAAACAUCCUUGGAGUGGACUUGAGGGGGCUGCAGCAAUGUUUAAGGUGCUGCAUAAAGAUCCACCUAUACCCGAGACUUUAUCAUCAGAAGGUAAAGACUUCCUGCAGCGUUGUUUCCGCAGGAAUCCACUAGAAAGGCCGACAGCAAACAUGCUUCUUGAUCAUCCCUUUAUUCGGAACUCAAACCACUACAAUCUUCACGGUUCCAUCCAGGCUUUUGCGGGAAUUAAACCCACUGAGACUACCUUCAGCCCAAGGGACAUGCCUAGAGCAAGAAGCGAGCCUUUGCUGAAGGGAAGGCCGCUUACCAAUGGUGAGAUCAGUACAGAAACUUCUGAAUCCAACGGUUCUCGCCUUCCAUUGAGAUCUGCACCAGAAGCUUUCCACAGCUUAUUACCACAUUCAAAUCAUUUCCUCCCAGGUCCUUCUGCUUCAGCCUCUUCAAUGAAUAUCUCAAAUGGUUUUCAGUCAGCUGUGGGACACCAUCAUUGUUCUGGCUCUGUAGCAAAUGUUUCAAAUGGCCCAUAUUUAUUUGCAUCCAACCAUCACAAUUUCACACAUUUAAACUGCAACAAUAAUCAGCCAUAUGUGUUGCCAAAGCCAAAUUUAAAAGAUUUGAGGGGAGCUUGACCACUGUAAUUAUGAUCAGCGUAAAUCUCAGAUUUGUUAGCUGAGUUUUUAAUUCUCCUUUUUUCAAUCUGUACAACUUUUCCUGCUCUGUAAUUUUAAUGAGGUGGUAGGCAUGUAACUAGAAGAAUAUAUAUAGAGAGAGAGUUGUACAUUUUCACCAUUGAUCCAUUGUAGGAAUUAGGUUUUACUCCAAUUUGGUUUAUAAGGUGCAGGUGUGAUAGGAAUCAGAUUGUAAACACGUUUAAGUUAAAACUUGUUGGAUUUCAGCUCUGCUUGAAGCUGUUUUUUCCUUUUCAUGCAUUUGGAUAGUGUAAAUAUUACUUGAAGUCUUUUUUGGCUGAAUAA